ACAAAAUUUUCUGGUUAAAUCUAUUAAAAUUCUAGUUGAAAUAAUCAACAUUUAAUAGAAAUCUGGUGUUUAGAUUUAAUCAGAAUUCUGGAUCGUUCAUUUUUCACCAGAAUUCCAGAUAAUUCAUCGACGAAACAUGUUUUUCCGUGUCUUGAAUGCAGCCGCGCGACAACGCGACAAUCGAGAUAUCGCUGCGCCUUUUAGUAACGCGUACGUCCAGUCGUCCGUCCGUCCGUCAGUCAGUCAGUCAGCCGAACGAUCGCAUUCGCGGUGCUUUACACUCGUUCCGAAAAGGAAGUCGCCAGGAUGUUCCAAACUAACGUCCCGUUAUGCAGUAUUCUUGUCAUCGUUUGUAAAAGUAAACGCCGUCUCCGACAUAACGUUAACGGCAGGGAAAACACAUGACGCCUGUCAACAACGACGAUUAGCUAGUACCGAACAGCCUUGGAUAAUUCUUGCGCCUUGAACGUACGAAACAAUCUGCAGGAUAACGUUAUCUCAGCUAUAUCAUGAGAGGUACCAGAUACAAUUUUAAUUCGUGCGAGAGGAGAAAUGGCGCCGAACAUUCCGCCGGAAGUUUUUCCACCAAGAAUUCCCAGUAUAUUCCCGGGACGAUGCGUGCUCGCGAUGGCGAUUCGGUCGGUCGGUCCCUGACGAUCCCUAAGUGAAAUAUCAUCGGCAAUCAUUCACGCGAGAUCCUUAUCGCACGGCUAACGUGAUCCCUAACC